CACAUUAUGUAACUGAAAACGAGUAAUAUUUUCUCCAAGGCUUGACAAGCAAAACGCAAUGGUGUAAGCUUUGUCCGGUGUUACAUUUUGGCCAUCGUCUGUGUCCGUAUUUUACGUCAUUUACUUCCGCCAAGCGGUCAUUUUAGCCAUGUAUAAAAUCAUGCUUGAGUCGGGUUAACAUCACUUCAAGAAAAGUCAUCAAAAAAAUCCAUCACCAUGAAUCCGAUCAUCUUCGCCUCUGUUGCCCUCGCCGCCGUCGUCGGUCUGGUCUUCGCCGACGAGUUCAACUUCGGCAAUAAUUUUGACGAUGGCUAUGGCGGCGGUUAUGGAUACGGGCUCGGAUCCCUUAGCAUUGGAUCCCUGGGUGGCGGAUACGGACAUGGAUCUUCAUUCGGAUCCGGAUACGGCCAGGCUGCCUACAUCCCCGUGCCCGUUGGAAGGGGAGGCUCCGGAAGCUCCGGACUGAGCGGUCUCUUGCCCCUGCUCGGUCUCCUGUUCCUGCUUCCUCUGCUCUUCAACAGAAACACCGCCAGAACUUCCGACCAGAUCCUCCUCAUCAACUCUACCCUCACCGGUGGAAAAUAAACAAGAACCGUGUGUUUUCUGCUGAUUGGAAGAAUCGCCAAAAUGCCGUCACAUCGCUGCAAGCGUGUUAUUUAUUGUUGCUGUCUGUUGCUUUAAUAAUAAACGCAAUAACAUUA